AUGCGAAAAGUUAUUGAAGAGGCAGGCGUGGAGGAUGUAAAAUUAGUCUAUGGCAAAAGUGAUUUCUUUCACACAGCAGGGAAAGCAUUCGAAGAAUUGAAUAUUCUGGCAUUAAUGUAUGCAGAUGAUUUAGUGACAAUGUGUAAAAGCGCUGAUGAACUGGAGAAAUUUAUAACAACUUUUGAAAAAGUGAUACAAGGAUUCAGACUAACCAUGAGUGUCAAAAACACGUGUAUUAAGACGUUGAAGCAACUGAAAGAAGAUUCGGCACGAAGAAUCAUCAAGGACGAAGAGGCAGAUAUACCCGACAUUGAUAUUGUUAUACGAAAUCAAAAAGUUGAUAUUGUCGAGUUCUUCGCUGGAUGUUUUGUGUCGAGAGAUCAGUCUCCCGAAAUCGAAACAGAAGCAAGGAUAGCAAAGGCGUCAACGGCAUUUAAUAUGCUUCGAAAUGCUAUUUGGUGCUGA